AUGCGGCCAGCUCCCAAUACGCUCUUGCGCCCUCGUCUUCUCGAUAAUGUGUGUCGCCAAUGCCUCCACCAAGCCUCCACCUCCCCUCGCGGCUUGGUCUCCUCGCCAUUAAUCCUCCGGCGCGCCGCUUCCACGACGGCACCCAAGGCCGCCCCCGCCGUGCGUCUUAGUGCGAGCUACUUCCUCCCCAACAGCGUCCUGGACCGUCCUCGACCCUCAGGAACCCGAAGCUCUUCCGUCUCCGCCUCGGCCUCGAUCGCCUCUUCCUCCUCCUCCUCCUCCUCCAACACACAAUCCGAGCCGAACCACCUCGCUGUAACCCACGAACUCCCCCACCGCCGCCGCCAGGCCGCGAAACGUAAAGCCGCCGCCUCCUCUUCACCCGACGUACCCCUCCCUCAAGAUGCCUCCUCCGCCCUCACCAGCGUCGCCGAACGGCAACCCGCCCACUCCGCUCGUCGCAUCUUCUCGACCCUCCUCUCCCUCUCGAAACCCCGCCUCUCCGCGCUCGUCGUGCUGACCGCAAUGGCUCCCUACGCGCUGUACCCAGUCCCCGCCUUCCUCUCCCCCGCCAUCACCGAGUCGCCCUCGCUCAGCCCGUUGACGCUGCUGUUCCUCACCACCGGCACCGCCCUAUGCUCCGCCUCGGCCAACUCCUUGAACAUGCUCUACGAGCCCUCCACCGACGCCAAGAUGACCCGCACGAGAAAUCGUCCUCUGGUCAGAGGCCUGCUCUCUACGCGCGCCGCCGUCAUGUUCGCCGUCGCCACGGCCCUCACCGGCGUGGGCGCUCUCUACUUCGGCGUCAACCCGACCGUCGCAUUCCUCGGCGGCGCCAACAUCUUCAUCUACGCAGGCAUGUACACCCCGAUGAAGGCCAUGAGCGUCGCCAACACCUGGCUGGGCGCCGUCGUCGGCGGCAUCCCCCCGCUGAUGGGCUGGGCCGCGGCCGCAGGCGAGACCGCCUCGGGCGACGGUUCCUGGCGGGAACUUCUCCUCGCCAGCGACGGCAGCUCCAUCGGCGGCUGGCUGAUGGCCGGUCUGUUGUUCGCCUGGCAGUUCCCGCACUUCAUGGCCCUCUCGUGGCCCAUCAGAGAAGAGUACAAGGCGGCGGGCCUGCGCAUGCUUGCGUGGACCAACCCCGCCCGCAACGCCCGCGUUGCGCUGAGGUACAGCAUUGCCUUCAUCCCCCUCUGCGUGGCGCUUUGCGCUGCCGGCGUGACGGAGUGGAGCUUCGCCGUGACGAGUUUACCGGUCAACGGAUGGCUUUCGUGGCAGGCCGUGCGGUUUUGGAAGUACGAGGGCCACAAGGGCUCGGCCAGGGGUCUGUUCUGGGCCAGCGUCUGGCAUCUGCCCGUCGUCUUGGUGCUGGCGCUGCUGCAUAAGAAGGGCAUGUGGAGUCGUGUGUGGAAUAGUGUCAUGGGCAGCGACGAGGAUGAAUGGGAAGACGACGAGCUAGACGAGAUGCCUGUUACUCUACCCGCCCCGCGCAGAUAG